AUGAAUGGCUUUCUUGCAGCGACAACGGAUCCCUUGGUGGUUCAAUCGGGAAUGAUUUGCCUUACAAUUCACCUCCUGCUCUUCGGAGUCUUUGCGCAUUAUGCUCCUCAAGGUCCUUGGAAGAAGAUGCCCAGCCAUACGGCACAUCAAGUCCUGGCACUGCCUUUGAUGACAUAUAUUACCUAUCAAGGAUGCCUCACUUGGUUCCUUCACAAUGAGACAGCAGAAUCAGAAGGCCGCAUUCAUGUACUUGUACCCGACGGUAUCCAAUUGGCCAAGGUCGUCUUUGGAUUCUUGUUGUAUUGGGACAUUCCAGUGGGAUUGGCCACUCCAGCAUUACGAGAUCCGCUCAUGUUGGUCCAUCACAUUGGCAUGCUCUUUGUGGCGGGAGUCGUCAUGGGCAAUUUGUGUUUGUCGCAAGCACCACGGGGGUCCUAUUAUGCGCCCUUCUUUCUGGGUGUCAUUGAAGCGUCCUCCAUUCCACUAUCUUACGUCGAUAUUUUUCAUCCCAAACACAAACAUUGGUUUGACUUUUUGCAAGAAGAGCUAAAGAAAAAGUCGACAAUUGGCACGAUUCUCAAUUCCAUCAACGAAGUGGCACGGAUCCUCUUUGCGAUCCUCUUUUUGCUCUUUCGGUUCGUCUACUUUCCCUAUGUGGCCAUUUCCACUUGUUUGUUAGACUUUUUCCAAGCGGCCAAGGCCGAGUCCGAUCCAGCACUCUAUGGGAUAUUUGUGGCCUGUUUCUUGUUUACCGGCCUCCAAAUGCAUUGGGGACUGUUGAUUAUUCGACAGAUUGUCAAAAUGUUAAAAGGCGAUGAAAAUGACAAGAAGGAUAAGGAAUCGUAA